CGGUUUUCCUUGACGGCGCAUCUAUGCUGACCAAACUCAAAUGGUUAUAUGCCAUCGUUUUCAACUCAUAACUCUUCUUCUUCAUCGCUUCAUCUUCUUCUUUCUUGUACUACCUUCAUUUUAUACUUUCGGUUUUGCUGUACCAAACCUAACUAUUCGUCUUGGUCGGCCACGAUUUGUAACCAUAUACAUAAUACAGAAGAAAGGAGCAUGUUCUUCAGCCUUGACCCACCUUGAAAACACCCUUUCUUUCAAUUCAAUAGCCCAUUUUUUUUAAUCUUGCCUUUCCGAUGAGAAUUCAUCAGUUUUCAUGGCUUUUCUUCAUACCCUUUUGCUUGAUAUUACUUGGUGUGGAUCUAGACGCCGUUUCUGGUCAAUGCCUUAGUGAUCAGAAAUCUUUGUUGCUUCAACUGAAGGACAACCUUAUAUUCAACGCCAAUAAAUCGACGAAGUUGGUCACAUGGAGUCAAAAUUCAGAUUGCAGUGCUUGGAAAGGUGUAACUUUGGAUAGUGAGGGACGUGUCACCGGUCUUAGCUUGAGCAAUGAGCGGAUCUCUGAUGGAAUCCCCAAUUCAAGCCUCUUCAGAUUGCAACAUCUGAAGAGCCUGGAUUUAUCGUUGAAUAAUUUCAACUCUACGAUCCCAGAUGAGAUUGGUAACCUCUCAACUCUACGUUAUCUAAAUUUGUCGAAUGCUGGCUUUGUUGGGCAAGUCCCGAUUACCAUAUCACACUUGACAAAUUUGGUCACUCUUGAUAUCUCCACUCUAUUACUAUUAAGCAUUUCAUCGCUGAAACUAGAGAACCCAGAUUUGGGGAUGUUGGUUCAGAACCUUUCCAAGCUCGAAGAGUUAUAUCUUGAUGGUGUGAAUAUAUCAGCACCUGGGACUGAGUGGUGCAAAGCCUUGGCAUCUUCUGUGCGUAAAGUGCGAGUCUUGAGCUUGUCAAACUGUCAUCUUUCCGGCCCUCUUGAUGAAUCGCUUGAGAAUCUUCACUCUUUGUCAGUGAUUCGCCUGAAUGAUAAUAAUUUGUCUGCUAUGGUUCCGCAAUGGUUUGCGGAUUUCUCAAAUUUGACUUCCUUGGCUCUUGUCUCUUGCGGAUUGUUUGGAAAUUUUCCUGAAAAGAUUUUCCAGGUGGCAACACUGCAGAAUAUUGUCCUAGCAGGCAAUCCGUACCUUCAAGGCUUUUUGCCAGAGUUUCCCCAAAAUAAUUCUCUUCAGAGACUAGUGCUCAGUUCAAGUAAUUUUUCAGGACAGUUACCAACAUCUAUUGGUAACCUUUGGAACUUGUCCAGGUUAGACUUAUCCAAUUGCAAUUUCAGCCGAGAACUUCCAAAUUCAAUGGGAAAACUAAGCCAACUGGUGUACUUGGAUUUAUCUUUUAACAAAUUGACCGGUCCAAUCCCAUCUUUCAAUCUGGCCAAGAACCUGACGCAAAUAAAUCUAUCUUAUAAUAUGAUAACUGGCGAAAUUCCAUCCACUCACUGGGAAGGCCUUCUAAAGCUGGUUAAUAUCGACUUGAGGCAUAAUUCUGUUGGUGGGACCAUUCCCAUUGCAUUGUUUGCACUUCCAUCAGUGCAGAAGAUUCUGCUUUCCUUCAACAAUUUUACAGGUCAAGUUCCUGAGUUUCGAGCUCAUAGUUCCUCAAUGUUGGAUACUCUUGAUUUGAGCAGCAAUAAUCUAGAAGGGCAACUUCCAAAGUCCAUCUUCGAACUCGGAAGACUUAAAAUUCUAUUAUUGUCCUCUAACAAAUUCAACGGCACCAUGCAAUUCGAUGUGAUUCAGAAACUGAGAAAUCUUACUUCACUAGACCUUUCUUACAACAAGUUGUCAGUCAAUGUAAGCGGUAAAAAUUCUACAAUGCUUUCCUUUCCACAAAUUACCACAUUGAAACUUGCCUCGUGUGAACUAACUACAUUUCCUGAUCUGAAGAAACAAUCAAAUUUAGUCUAUUUGGACCUCUCGGACAACCAACUUCACGAGGAGAUACCUAAUUGGAUUUGGAAACUUGGCAAUGGGAAUCUUCUCCAUCUAAAUCUUUCCUACAAUCAACUGAUGAGCCUGCAGGAACCUUAUACUCCUCCUACUAGUCUCUCUGUCCUUGACCUACAUUUCAAUCAGCUUCAUGGGAAGAUUCCCCGUCUACCACCAGCUUGUACCUAUAUAGAUUUCUCUAGCAAUAACUUUACUUCCUCAAUUCCUACAGACAUUGGUAAUCAUCUUAAUAUCACUAUAUUCCUCUCUGUUUCAAACAACAAUCUUACUGGUAUUGUGCCAAAAUCCAUCUGUAAUGCAGCCUACCUUCAAGUGCUUGACUUGUCUUACAAUAAUUUAAGCAGUGAAAUACCUAAAUGUCUGUCUGUUAUGAGUCAGACUCUUGGUGUACUGAAUAUUCGAGAAAACAACUUCACAGGCUCAAUUCCUGAUGCCUUUCCGUUUAAUUGUUCUUUAGAGACCCUAGAUCUCAAUGGGAAUUCGAUAGAAGGGAAGAUUCCAGACUCUCUAUUCUCUUGCACCAGAUUAGAGGUAUUGGACCUCGGGAACAAUAAUAUGAGUGGUGAUUUUCCAUGCCGGUUGAAGAACAUAUCCACAUUAAGAGUACUUGUGCUACGAUCCAACAGAUUUAAGGGGCACAUUGGAUGCCAAAAUUUCUCUGGAAAUUGGGUUAAUCUUCAAAUUGUCGACUUAGCUCACAACAACUUUAGUGGUAAUCUAUCCGGACAAUGCUUAAAAAGAUGGAAAGCAAUGUUGGCUGAUGACUCUAUGCUCAAACACUUGCGAUUUGAAUUUCUAGAAUUCAGUGCAUCACGAUAUUAUCAAGAUGCAGUGACAGUUACCUUCAAAGGUCUAGAGAUGAAGGUGCAGAAGAUCCUUACUGUCUUCACUUCCAUUGACCUAUCUUGCAACCAUCUUGUUGGAUCAAUACCAGAGCAAGUGGGACAACUUCGAGGACUCUAUUUCCUCAACUUGUCCAACAACGCUCUCACAGGCACAAUCCCUUCAACUAUUGGGGACUUGCAACAACUGGAAUCCUUAGACCUCUCCAAUAACAACCUAAAUGGAUUAAUUCCAUCCUCACUCGCAAGCCUUACCUUCCUUUCACUCCUGAACCUUUCUUUCAAUGAUCUGACUGGGAGGAUUCCACUUGGCACUCAAAUUCAAACAUUUCCACCAAAUUCCUUCAUUGGAAAUAAAGCUCUAUGUGGUAUACCUCUGAAUAACUGCCCGUCCCGCAACGCAGAAGAUACUGUUCUAUCAGUAGUCCGGAGCACUGAGUUUGAGUGGCAAUCUAUUUACGCAGGAAUCGGGUUUGGGGUAGGAGGAGGAGUAGUUUUUGCUCUGCUAAUGUUCUGGGACGAAGGUAAAACCUGGCUGGAGGACAGCAUUGAUAAGAUUCUUCUAGUGAUUCUUCCUAUGAUGGGAUAUACUUACAAAGCUCGCCAUGAAUGGGAUGAUGAAGAUGAAGAAGAUGCAGAAUACUUGGGCUCAGAUUUUGACGAAGACCCUGAAGAGGAUGAAAUGGAAUUGAAAGAAUCGCAGGGUCCGUACUGUGUUUUCUGUUCAAAACUAGAUAUCAGUAGAAAGAUGGUCAUUCAUGACCCCGGUUGUACAUGUCAUUCACCACCCAUUUCUUCUUCCUCCUCAUUUUCUUCCUCUUCAUCCUCAGGCUCCACAUAAAAUUUCAAAUAUUUCUUCUUCUUUUUGACAUUCUUUAUUUCCUUUAACAUCUCUUCCGGUUUCUUGUUUUGUAAUUUGUAUAUAUAGAUAAGUACAUAAUCGUAAAACCCUGAUAAGAGCAGGGUUGAGAAGAAGACUAUACCUCAAUAUGCAACUUUCCAAUAUCUGUGUUUUAAGGUA